AAAGUUCUUAGUAUCUAGUAAAUUUCUAAGGACUAUUGUUCCAGAAUUAACGAAUACUGCUCUUCCCAUUCCAAAAAUGGCUUCCAAACAUUCUCUGUCCUCCGAAACCAUCGCUAAAACUAACGGAACAUAACUCCCUUCUCCUAUUUUUCUUACAUUAUAGAUACCUUCACUUUCUCCACCCUCUCUUAUUUUCGCUCUUCUACCCCGCCGCCGCGUCGCCGCGCGGCCACGACCCUCGUUUUCCCUCGUACAACACAUACACACAUAAAAAAAAGCACAAACACAAAAAGAAAACAGACAAAAACGUAGGAGGAGUUAGCUAGGUAUACAUUGAAGAAAGAGAACAAAAAUGCUUUCGACAAUGGAAGAAACCACCUAUUCAAUAGCCUCCUCCUCCUACCCAACAAAAAAAGCAAUAAUAAAACUACUAACAAUCCAUCUCUUCCUUUUCUUGAGCCUCCAUGUCUCCGACGUCGGAGCACAGAAACAAGCAUCGUCAUCUUCGCUCGAACUCGAAAGCUGCGAUGGAGUUUUUAUCUCGUACACCCUUGUGUCGCGGGAGAAGGAGUAUCCGCACGUGAAGAACGCAUCGAAGCAGGCGUGGGCGUUCAAGGCGGAAGCUACGCUGACGAACGUGGGAGAUGAGGAGGUGCAGGGGUGGAAGAUGUUUGUGGGGUUCCAGCACCGCGAGAUUCUGGUCUCCGCAGACGGCGCCAUUCUCAUCGACGCCAGCGACUUUCCUGCGGAGGUGGGAAAUGGGACGACGAUGGUGGGGUCCACCGUGGCGGACUUGAAGACCGCCAUUGGCACCGCCGGGGAUCUGAACCAGAUGAGUGCGAAGAUCGAUAUUGUUGGGACGCAGUUUGGGUUGGGUGUCGGAGCUACCCCCAUGCCCAAAACCAUUACUCUCCAGAAUGAUGGAUUCAAAUGCCCUGCACCUACUCGAAAAGCCUCGACAAUGUUCGCAUGUUGCAGAAAGGACCCGAAAGUGAAGGCAAAGCCAGUGACGAAAACCAAGUACCCUCCUCGUCGCUCUGGGGAUCUCACCAUAGAAUACGACGUGCUUCAAGCUUUUCAGAACAACUACUAUGUCCAAGUGACAAUCGAGAACAAACACCCAUUGGGUCGUCUUGAUCAUUGGAACUUGACAUGGGAAUGGCCAAAGGGAGAGUUCAUAUAUUCCCUUAAAGGAGCUUAUGCUCGCAGAAAAGACCCUUCUGACUGCUUGUAUGGUUCAGCUGGAAAAUUCUACGGUGACAUGGAUUUCUCGCAAGUUGCAACCUGUCAGAAGAAGCCAAUAAUCUCUGACCUUCCAGCAGAAAGAUCAGAAGAUGAAAAAGUUGGGAAACUCCCUUGGUGCUGCAGGAACGGGACCGUUUUGCCUCCACUCAUGGACAAGAACAAAGCUAAAUCAAUGUUCCAGAUGCAAGUGUUCAAAAUGCCACCAGAUACUGAUAACAGAACGGCCAUCACACCCCCUAUGAAGUGGAACAUCGAUGGUGUCAUCAAUCCACAUUACCAAUGCGGUGCACCGGUUAGGGUUGAUCCUUCGGUUUUCCCUGACCCCAGUGGACUAAACGCAAUCUCCACAGCUGUAGCAACUUGGCAAAUAGUUUGCAACAUCACCAAACCCAAGCCUCAGCAAAACCGUUGCUGUGUCUCCUUCUCAGCGUUCUACAACGAAUCAGCAAUCCCUUGCAACACGUGUGCAUGUGGCUGUACUGACACAAGGAAGUGCAACUCUCAGGCCUCUCCAUUGCUUCUUCCACCAGAGGCUCUUCUUGUGCCGUUUGCAAACAGAACCGUGAAGGCACGAGCAUGGGCCAAACUCAAGCACUUGCACGUUCCUAGCAGGCUCCCUUGUGCAGAUAACUGCCCCGUGAGCAUCAACUGGCACGUGAAUUCGGAUCACAAGGAGGGAUGGACUGCUAGGAUAACAAUUUUCAACUGGGAGGAUUACUCAUUUGAUGAUUGGUUCACUGCGAUUCAGUUGACGAAGACUUUCGACGAUUUUGAAGAUGUUUAUUCCUUCAACGGGACAAGAAUUCCUGGUCUGAAAACCAUUUUCUUAGAAGGCCUGAAGGGUUUGAACUACUUGGCUGGUGAAACCAAUGGAACAUACGCUAAAGACCCUAGGGUUCCAGGGAAACAACAAUCUGUGCUUUCUUUCACCAAAAAGCACGUAAAACACUUUGAUAUCACAAAAGAUGGGUUCCCCUCUAAGGUUUACUUCAAUGGAAUGGAGUGUUCACUUCCCCCGAUCAGACCACACAAAAGUUCGGGGCAUAAAUCUUCCAUCAGUGUCAUUGCACUCAUAUUGACAGCGUUUCUGACUCUCUUGCUGAUAUAAAUUAAACAAUAGAGAACGAAGGGCUGACAUUGGCAAUUGAAGAUGAUCUGAAUCCAAAUUAAGGGUUUAUUUUUCUUCUCUUCGGGGCUGCUUUUAGAUAUAUAUAUAUAUAUACGUAUAUGUGUGUGAAGGUCACUCUCUCUCAUCAACGACGGGGGCUCAUACAAACUGAGCAGAGAGAUAAGGAUACAUGAUGAGGGUUGCAGCCUUUUUGUGUAAAAGUACAUAACUGUGUAUCUGGUACAAGAUGUAUCUAGCUCAUAUUAAAAUUAGA